GUUGCAUUGAGCAAUGCUGGCUCUGCCCUUCCCCUCUCUCCACACCCUCUGUUAUUAAAAACUCUGGGAACAGAGAAAAGAUUCUCCUCUUCGAAUGACAGAAACACAGCAAGAUGUGGAGCUUCAGUUUCCUUCUCUUUUGGGGGUGUUGUGGUUUCUACAGCUGGGUAAUAUUCACGUUAUCUCCGUUGGAGUCAAUGGCACAGUCUGGGAAUGAGUGUACAGAUACCACCAUGUGUCCGGCAUAUGCAACCUGCACCAACACUUCAGACAGUUACUACUGCAGUUGCAAAAGAGGCUUUCUGUCCACCAACGGACAGAUGCAGUUCAAAGAUCCAACGGUGGAAUGCCUAGAUAUAGAUGAGUGUUCUCAAAGCCCCCCAGUAUGUGGUCCUCACUCAAUCUGCAAGAACCUGCCAGGGAGGUACAGGUGCAGCUGUUUGACUGGUUUCUCAUCUCCCACUGGAAACAACUGGAUCUUGGGAAAGAAAGGUCGUUUCAUCUGUACAGAUGUAAAUGAAUGUGCCAAUCCCAAAACUUGCCCAGAGCACGCGAUUUGCCGAAACAGUGUGGGGAGCUACUCUUGUGUCUGCAAGCCCGGAUUUGAAUCCAGCAGGGGAAAGACGAGUGUCCAGGGCCCGGGACAGAUGUGUAGAGAUAUAGAUGAAUGUUCUCAAAGCCCCCCAGCCUGUGGGCCUCACUCCGUCUGCAGAAACCUGCCAGGGAGCUACAAGUGCAGCUGUUUGCCUGGUUUCUCGUCUCCCACCGGAGAUGACUGGAUCCCGGCAAAGGGAGGUCGUUUCGCGUGUGUAGACAUUAAUGAAUGCCUCCAGAGCGGGGUCUGCCCGGAGCAUUCCCAGUGUACCAACUCCUUGGGAAGCUACAGCUGCAGCUGCCACGUUGGAUUCACCUCUACCAACUCCAUCUGUGAAGAUGUGGACGAAUGUGCCAAUCCCAGAGCUUGCCCAGAGCACGCAUCUUGCCGCAACAGUGUGGGGAGCUACUCUUGUGUCUGCAAGUCCGGAUUUGAAUCCAGCACGGGCAAGAUGGGCAUCCAGGGCCCCGGAGAGACGUGUAGAGAUAUAGAUGAAUGUUCUCAAAGCCCCCCAGCCUGUGGGCCUCACUCCGUCUGCAGAAACCUGCCAGGGAGCUACAAGUGCAGCUGUUUGCCUGGUUUCUCGUCUCCCACCGGAGAUGACUGGAUCCCGGCAAAGGGAGGUCGUUUCGCGUGUGUAGACAUUAAUGAAUGCCUCCAGAGCGGGGUCUGCCCGGAGCAUUCCCAGUGUACCAACUCCUUGGGAAGCUACAGCUGCAGCUGCCACGUUGGAUUCACCUCUACCAACUCCAUCUGUGAAGAUGUGGACGAAUGUGCCAAUCCCAGAGCUUGCCCAGAGCACGCAUCUUGCCGCAACAGUGUGGGGAGCUACUCUUGUGUCUGCAAGUCCGGAUUUGAAUCCAGCACGGGCAAGAUGGGCAUCCAGGGCCCCGGAGAGACGUGUAGAGAUAUAGAUGAAUGUUCUCAAAGCCCCCCAGCCUGUGGGCCUCACUCCGUCUGCAGAAACCUGCCAGGGAGCUACAAGUGCAGCUGUUUGCCUGGUUUCUCGUCUCCCACCGGAGAUGACUGGAUCCCGGCAAAGGGAGGUCGUUUCGCGUGUGUAGACAUUAAUGAAUGCCUCCAGAGCGGGGUCUGCCCGGAGCAUUCCCAGUGUACCAACUCCUUGGGAAGCUACAGCUGCAGCUGCCACGUUGGAUUCACCUCUACCAACUCCAUCUGUGAAGAUGUGGACGAAUGUGCCAAUCCCAGAGCUUGCCCAGAGCACGCAUCUUGCCGCAACAGUGUGGGGAGCUACUCUUGUGUCUGCAAGUCCGGAUUUGAAUCCAGCACGGGCAAGAUGGGCAUCCAGGGCCCCGGAGAGACGUGUAGAGAUAUAGAUGAAUGUUCUCAAAGCCCCCCAGCCUGUGGGCCUCACUCCGUCUGCAGAAACCUGCCAGGGAGCUACAAGUGCAGCUGUUUGCCUGGUUUCUCGUCUCCCACCGGAGAUGACUGGAUCCCGGCAAAGGGAGGUCGUUUCGCGUGUGUAGACAUUAAUGAAUGCCUCCAGAGCGGGGUCUGCCCGGAGCAUUCCCAGUGUACCAACUCCUUGGGAAGCUACAGCUGCAGCUGCCACGUUGGAUUCACCUCUACCAACUCCAUCUGUGAAGAUGUGGACGAAUGUGCCAAUCCCAGAGCUUGCCCAGAGCACGCAUCUUGCCGCAACAGUGUGGGGAGCUACUCUUGUGUCUGCAAGUCCGGAUUUGAAUCCAGCACGGGCAAGAUGGGCAUCCAGGGCCCCGGAGAGACGUGUAGAGAUAUAGAUGAAUGUUCUCAAAGCCCCCCAGCCUGUGGGCCUCACUCCGUCUGCAGAAACCUGCCAGGGAGCUACAAGUGCAGCUGUUUGCCUGGUUUCUCGUCUCCCACCGGAGAUGACUGGAUCCCGGCAAAGGGAGGUCGUUUCGCGUGUGUAGACAUUAAUGAAUGCCUCCAGAGCGGGGUCUGCCCGGAGCAUUCCCAGUGUACCAACUCCUUGGGAAGCUACAGCUGCAGCUGCCACGUUGGAUUCACCUCUACCAACUCCAUCUGUGAAGAUGUGGACGAAUGUGCCAAUCCCAGAGCUUGCCCAGAGCACGCAUCUUGCCGCAACAGUGUGGGGAGCUACUCUUGUGUCUGCAAGUCCGGAUUUGAAUCCAGCACGGGCAAGAUGGGCAUCCAGGGCCCCGGAGAGACGUGUAGAGAUAUAGAUGAAUGUUCUCAAAGCCCCCCAGCCUGUGGGCCUCACUCCGUCUGCAGAAACCUGCCAGGGAGCUACAAGUGCAGCUGUUUGCCUGGUUUCUCGUCUCCCACCGGAGAUGACUGGAUCCCGGCAAAGGGAGGUCGUUUCGCGUGUGUAGACAUUAAUGAAUGCCUCCAGAGCGGGGUCUGCCCGGAGCAUUCCCAGUGUACCAACUCCUUGGGAAGCUACAGCUGCAGCUGCCACGUUGGAUUCACCUCUACCAACUCCAUCUGUGAAGAUGUGGACGAAUGUGCCAAUCCCAGAGCUUGCCCAGAGCACGCAUCUUGCCGCAACAGUGUGGGGAGCUACUCUUGUGUCUGCAAGUCCGGAUUUGAAUCCAGCACGGGCAAGAUGGGCAUCCAGGGCCCCGGAGAGACGUGUAGAGAUAUAGAUGAAUGUUCUCAAAGCCCCCCAGCCUGUGGGCCUCACUCCGUCUGCAGAAACCUGCCAGGGAGCUACAAGUGCAGCUGUUUGCCUGGUUUCUCGUCUCCCACCGGAGAUGACUGGAUCCCGGCAAAGGGAGGUCGUUUCGCGUGUGUAGACAUUAAUGAAUGCCUCCAGAGCGGGGUCUGCCCGGAGCAUUCCCAGUGUACCAACUCCUUGGGAAGCUACAGCUGCAGCUGCCACGUUGGAUUCACCUCUACCAACUCCAUCUGUGAAGAUGUGGACGAAUGUGCCAAUCCCAGAGCUUGCCCAGAGCACGCAUCUUGCCGCAACAGUGUGGGGAGCUACUCUUGUGUCUGCAAGUCCGGAUUUGAAUCCAGCACGGGCAAGAUGGGCAUCCAGGGCCCCGGAGAGACGUGUAGAGAUAUAGAUGAAUGUUCUCAAAGCCCCCCAGCCUGUGGGCCUCACUCCGUCUGCAGAAACCUGCCAGGGAGCUACAAGUGCAGCUGUUUGCCUGGUUUCUCGUCUCCCACCGGAGAUGACUGGAUCCCGGCAAAGGGAGGUCGUUUCGCGUGUGUAGACAUUAAUGAAUGCCUCCAGAGCGGGGUCUGCCCGGAGCAUUCCCAGUGUACCAACUCCUUGGGAAGCUACAGCUGCAGCUGCCACGUUGGAUUCACCUCUACCAACUCCAUCUGUGAAGAUGUGGACGAAUGUGCCAAUCCCAGAGCUUGCCCAGAGCACGCAUCUUGCCGCAACAGUGUGGGGAGCUACUCUUGUGUCUGCAAGUCCGGAUUUGAAUCCAGCACGGGCAAGAUGGGCAUCCAGGGCCCCGGAGAGACGUGUAGAGAUGUGGAUGAGUGUUCCAGCAACUCAACUCUUUGUGGUCCUAGUUCUGUCUGUACCAACCUCCCAGGAAAAUACAGUUGCUCCUGCCUGCCUGGGUUCUUUUCACCUGGUGUUUGGAGUCCUGAGAAACCUGAGGCUUUCAAAUGUACAGGGGUUCCCUUCAAAUGUAAAGAAGACGUGAUGCCCAACAAUGAGUGGGUCCAGCUAUGCCAAGAUGGAGCAGCAGUGAAGCCUAAAUACGUUUCCUUUUGUGCAGUAAUGAAUGCCACCUUCAGCGUUCUGGAUGAUGCCUGUAAAAAAACCACCGCUGUUUCUCUGAAGAAUACGGCUGAGAGAUUUGCCUCUGUGAUUGAAAAAACAUUCACACGGUCCAGUUUCACCAAAGAGGAGAUAUCCACCCUGGCCACAGUCUUACUGAAGAGCGUGGAAAGCACCACAUUGGCAUCUUUUCUGAAACCCUCAGCGAAUGUCAGUCAGACCAUUCAGACGGAAUACUUAGGGGUGCACACGUUUCUUGGGCAGAAGCCAAAUUCAGGACCAACCUUCUGGGUCUCCUCCUGUGAAUUCUCCCUUUCAGAUAUUGAAAGCAAAGUUAUCAACAAAGGAUGCACUGAAGAGGAUGAGACCUUUAACUUGAAAGCGAAAGGGGAUAAGAUGAAGAUUUGGUGUUCCACCAUCAAGGAAUCCGAAUCCACAGGAAUCAGUGGGGUGGCUUUUGUCUCCUUUGAGCAUAUGGAGUCGGUUUUAGAUGAAAGAUUUUUUCAAGACCCUCAGACCCCCUGGGCCAACUCCAAGAGAAAGCUGAAGAUGAAUUCUCGCAUUGUUUCGGGCAUCAUAACAGGGGAGAAGAAAGAGGGAUUCUCUAAACCAGUCAUCUACACUCUGGAGAACAUUCAGCCAAAGCAGAAUUUUGAGAGUCCCAUCUGCGUUUCCUGGAACACAGAUGGGAAGGGAGGUAGAUGGACUCCGUCUGGCUGUGUGACCCUUGAAGCUUCCGAGACACAUACUGUCUGCAGCUGUAAUCAAAUGGUGAACCUGGCCGUCAUCAUGGCUUCUGGGGAGCUUACGAUGGAGUUCGCCUUGUUUGUCAUUAGCCACGUGGGCACUAUCUUCUCACUGGUGUGUCUUGCCGUGGCCAUCAUCACCUUCCUGCUGUGUCGAACCAUCCGCAACCAUAACACCUACAUCCACCUGCACCUCUGCGUGUGCCUCUUCCUGGCCAACUUGCUCUUCCUCACCGGUGCAGACAAGACCCACCACCAGAUUGGCUGUGCCAUCAUCGCUGGCUUUCUGCACUACCUUUUCCUUGCUUGCUUCUUCUGGAUGUUGGUGGAGGCUGUGAUGCUCUUCCUGAUGGUCAGAAACCUGAAAGUGGUGAAUUACUUCAGCUCUCACAACAUCAAGAUGCUGCACCUCUGUGCCUUUGGCUAUGGACUCCCGGGGCUGGUGGUGUUUGUCGCCGCCAAUAUCCAUCCACAAGGUUAUGGGAUGUAUAAUCGCUGCUGGCUGAAUACAGAGAAAGGGUUCAUCUGGAGUUUCCUGGGGCCAGUGUGCACAAUUAUAGUGGUCAAUUCCAUCCUCCUGACUUGGACGUUGGGGAUCCUGAGGCAGAAGCUUUCCAGCCUCAAUGACGAAGUCUCGACGCUCAAAGAUACCAGGUUGCUGACAUUCAAAGCCUUUGCCCAGAUCUUCAUCUUGGGGUGCUCCUGGGUGUUGGGCAUUUUCCAGAUUGGACCCAUAGCCGGUAUCAUGGCCUACCUGUUUACUGUCAUCAACAGCCUGCAGGGAGCUUUCAUCUUCCUCAUUCACUGUCUGCUCAAUCGCCAGGUACGGGAAGCGUACAGCAGAUGCAUUACUGGGAAGACCAAACCCGGCUCCCAGACCUCCGGGAUCUCACUGUCAUCCGUUCCCUCUGCUUCCAAAACGGGUUAAAGUCCUCUCUUGCUUCCUAAUACACUAUGGAACAGCAUUUUGGAAAGCAAAUGCCUGCAGAAGUCUAUUCUGAAAUCUUCUCUUCAUGGCUUAAUGCGGAAAUGCAGGAUCCUGUUGGCCCCAGAACUCUGAGCAAUUUGGAGCAUGGAUGGUUGGGGCAGAUGUCCCAUGGCUUCAUGCCCUGGCGAGAAACAAGAAUCUCUGCUCCUGGUUACCAUCUUACCUUCUGUGCUCUGCAACUCUUUGACUUUCCAGAGUUUUGAAUACAUCAAAACAGCACAACAGCAGGACCAAGAUCUUCUGGCUACCAUUUUUUUUCCCCCUGCAUUCAUUGAUGCACGACCUUGAGUGUGCCACCCCAGCACCUGUCGCAUGCUUGGCACACAGAGUAGCCCUCAAUAAAUGAUGUGUCUUCUGAC